ACCAACUUCUAUGCGUAAACACGUUGAGUUACAUGCCGAUUACCUGCGAUUGAAGCCAUUUUGUGAAAAUCUUUUUACACUGUGUGUGGGAAACGGUGGGAGACACUAACAUUGGGGUCUACUCAAAUCAGAAAAACCGCAACUUUUUCUAAGUCUUUGGAGCUGAGGAACGUUUCCUGUUAACUAUUUCGUACCACAAAACUGAAGGAAAAUGUCGGGUGGUACUUUACAGAAAGCCAUUGACAUUGUAACCAAGGCAACAGACGAAGAUAAGAAUGGUAACUACGAGGAAGCUCUUAAGCUGUACACACAUGGAGUGGAAUACUUCAUCCAUGCUAAUAAAUAUGAGGCACAUGGUGACAAAGCCAAACAAAGCAUCAGGGAUAAAUGCACCCAGUAUCUGGAACGAGCCGAGCAACUAAAGAAAUACAUCGAGAAGAAGAACAAGAAGAAGGCAGUGAAAGAAGGAGGUGGGAGCAGCAGCGCUGCAAAGAAAGGGGGUAAAAGCAAUAAGAAAGACGAUGGUAGUGACAGUGACAGUGAUGACAACCCAGAAACUAAAAAGAUGCAAAACCAGCUGCAAAGUGCUAUUAUAAUGGAGAAGCCAAACAUCAAAUGGAGCGACGUUGCUGGCCUUGAGGGGGCGAAAGAUGCCCUGAAAGAAGCUGUCAUUCUACCCAUAAAGUUUCCUCAUCUCUUCACAGGCAAGAGACAAGCCUGGAGAGGAAUCCUGCUAUAUGGGCCACCAGGAACAGGUAAAUCCUACCUGGCUAAAGCGGUCGCCACUGAGGCCAACAACUCCACAUUUCUCUCCGUUUCUUCAUCUGAUCUCGUCUCCAAAUGGCUGGGAGAAAGUGAAAAGUUAGUCAAGACAUUGUUCUCUAUGGCUAGAGAUAACAAACCCUCCAUCAUUUUCAUAGAUGAGGUAGAUUCACUCUGCGGCUCAAGGAGUGAAAACGAGAGUGAGUCAGCCAGACGUAUCAAGACAGAGUUUCUCGUCAACAUGCAGGGAGUCGGCUUGGACAAUGAUCAGGUUCUCGUAUUAGGAGCUACCAACAUCCCCUGGUCAUUAGACGCUGCCAUCAGAAGAAGAUUUGAGAGAAGAAUAUAUAUCCCCUUACCCGAGGAGCAAGCACGCUGCACGAUGUUCAAACUACACAUGGGUAAGACGCCCUGUGAGCUGACGGACAAUGAUUACAGAUACCUGGCUGAGUUGAGUAGCGGGUACUCCGGUGCCGAUAUCAGCAUCGUGGUCAGAAACGCUCUCAUGGAACCCGUCCGCAAAGUGCAGACGGCAACACAUUUUAAGACGAUUUCCGGCCCCUCCCCACAAGAUCCCAAUGUCAUGCUCCAUGACCUAUUGACCCCAUGCUCACCCGGUGACCCCCAGGCCAGGGAGAUGACAUGGCUCAAUGUGCCAGGAGAGAAGCUAGCGGAACCAAGGGUUACAGUGAAAGACCUGACUGCUUCAUUAGAUCGAAUUAAACCAUCGGUCAACGAGGACGAUCUAGGCAAAUAUGUCAAGUUCACUGAGGACUUUGGACAGGAGGGUUGAUCAAAGAAACAGAAAAAUUGAACAGUGCAAGAAUAAGUGGAGACAGAUGUACAUACAAAUGCUGAAUUCUACUACGACACCUAGAAGCAAGGUGAUACUGAAAGAUGUUUCACUAACAACACUCAAGGCUUUCUGGAACAAUGAAGAAGGCCUCCUGUACUCCCACCAUAACCUCGUUCAGACUUUUCAAAUCUUAAAAGUGUGGGUAGUUUUGUAACACAAAACGCAAUGUCGACAGAUUUACAUUAAACUUACACCGUUUGAAGAUAAUGG